AGGGUGCUUCUCGUGCAGCGCGCCCCGCACGACUCGAUGCCGCUGAGGUGGGAAGUCCCCGGGGGCGGAUGCGACGAAGAGGACCCGAGCAUCUUGUACUCGUGCGCGCGGGAGCUCUUUGAGGAGACGGGCCUCAAGGCUGUUGGGGUCGGGCCGCUGGUGCGCGGAGGGCUGGGCGGACAGUUCUUCCGCAGCCGCAGCGGGAAGUUGGUGUGCAAGUUCCAGUUCGUCGUUGCGGUGGAUCUAGAUGCUGGGCUAAGAGUCAAACUGGAUCCAAAUGAGCAUUUCGCGUAUAUCUGGGCGACGGAGGAGGAGGUUAGGAGGAAGGAGGUG